CAAGCCGAGGAUCCCAUUAAGUAUUACUACGAAGAGUUGUCCAAAAUAAUUGUUGAUGAUAUUAAGAGAACAGCCAAAGAGUGGGAUAAUACGGAUCCCAUUAUAACUGUCGACGACUUUAAGGCCUAUCAACCGAUUAUCACUGAAGCAGUUCUCGCGACGUUCACCGUCACCAACAAAGAGGAGAACAUUACUCUCCAUUCGUUUCCAUUGCCCGGAAGUGGCGAUAUAUUGGGAUUCAUAAUGAAUGUGAUGCAAAGGUUUCCCGAUAUGUAUCCAAAAGCAUCGGAUUUUGUGGACAAAUCUGCGCUUUUCUAUCACCGACUGAUAGAGACCUAUAAGUAUGCGUUCGCCAAACGAUCGCAUUUAGAGGACAGCGAGACUGAGAAAGUGAAGGAUGUGCUCAACAAACUCAGAUCCAAUGCAUUCGCGGACAAAGUCAUGCAAACCAUCGAUGACUCGAAGACAUUUCCCAGUGAUUCCGAUCAUUACGAUACGACACCUGUAUUUAUGUCUGAAGAUCACGGAACAGCUCACGCAUCAGUGGUCGACUCGUUUGGCAAUGCGGUGGCCGUCACCACAACUGUUAACUCAUAUUUUGGUUCAAAAGUGUUGUCUUCGACGACAGGAAUCUUAUUGAACAACCAAAUGGAUGACUUCAAUACUCUUGCGACCAAUGAUUUUGGUAUCCGAGCAUCCGAUUCAAACUUUGUAACACCGGGUCGACGACCCCUCUCAUCCAUGUGUCCCACAGUAUUCACAGACAAUAAUGGCUUACGACUUGUCAUCGGAGGAAGCGGUGGA